GCAAUGCAAUUGAUGUAACAAACAAGAAAUAAAUGAAAGAUGAGAGACACGAUAAACGCGUUUUCCCGUCGGCACCCCCCCAAAAAAACAUGGAGUUAGGCCAAGGCAGAUGGUCUAUUCUCAUGGAAGAUUCUCUGUGAAUUCAACUCUUCUACGCAUUAAUUGAAUUAUUAUCCAUUCGUAUUCGUGUUCGUCUUCAUCCUCUCGUCGCGGUCAGGCCUUUUCUCAAGAAGCGAUCAACCGAACCAACCCUUUUCUUAUUAUUAAUAAUCUCGCUGUCAGGAAACGUUUCCGGAAAGGAACAAUCAGACUUUUUUAUCCGUAUGCUGAUCUCCCCAACGGUUUUUCUUUUUCUGUUUGUUGUAUGCCCUUUUGAUCCCAACGUCAGAAUCCCGAAUUGGGUCCCCCGAAUUGGCAGAUUAAUUAUUGAAUAGUCUUCCCUCUGAAUCUCAUGGUGGGUUCCGUUGUUUAAUGAUCAAUCAAUCCCUUUUUCCUGAGAAGCACAACUUUCUCCAGCUCCUCAUUGAUUUUUCUGAUUCAAAUUUCUGCUGUGGAUUGUGAUUAACCUGUUCUGAAUUUCUAUCAGGAGGGUUUUCUUGUUUAUUCUUUCUUUCCUUAUUUAAUUUUGCCUCUUCCCCGGCCAGUCAACUCUUUUGCCGUCCUUGUAUUCUGUGGCCGUUCCAAUCUUGAUUUGGGUAUUUUUCUCUCCAUAGGCUGUAGAUUGGACAAAAGGAAAAGAUGGGUGUUUGUGUAAGCAAAGGCAAAAUUUUGGAGCCAAAGGCCAAUGAGUAUAGAUCCGAAGGUGGUGGUGGUGGUGGAGGAGGUGGUGGAGGUGCCAGAACAGGCCACCGGAAAAUUCAAGAACCUGUGAUUCAUUACCCCAACAAAUCCCCUGUCCGGCCUGCACGGCCGGCAGCCCCUGUGCCUCAUUACAGGCCUGCUCCAAGCCCCAGAAUAAGAAUUCAUCACAGGUCUGAGACAAUUCUAGGCAAGCCAUAUGAGGAUGUUAAAUCUCACUAUAGCAUGGGAAGAGAAUUGGGUAGGGGCCAGUUUGGUGUAACAUAUCUUUGUACGGAACUUUCAACAGGGCAGCAAUAUGCUUGCAAGUCUAUAUCAAAAAGGAAGCUUAGUACUAGGAGUGAUAAGGAGGAUAUGAAGAGGGAGAUUCAGAUUAUGCAGCAUUUGAGUGGGCAAUCAAAUAUUGUAGAAUUUAAGGGUGUUUAUGAGGAUAGGCAUUCGGUAAAUCUUGUGAUGGAAUUAUGUGCUGGAGGGGAGCUCUUUGACCGGAUAAUUGCCAAGGGGUACUACACCGAAAGAGCUGCAGCUUCGAUGUGCCGGGCUAUUGUCAAUGUGGUGCAUGCCUGCCAUUUCAUGGGGGUGAUGCACCGAGACCUGAAGCCGGAGAAUUUCUUGUUGUCUGAUAGGAGCGAAAAGGCUAGGCUCAAGGCAACUGAUUUUGGGUUAUCAGUGUUCAUUGAAAAAGGUAAGGUGUAUCGAGAUAUAGUUGGCAGUGCAUAUUAUGUUGCUCCUGAAGUUCUACGGCGUAGGUAUGGCAAGGAAGCAGAUAUUUGGAGUGCUGGCGUAAUGUUGUACAUUUUACUCAGUGGUGUACCUCCAUUUUGGGCUGAAACAGAGAGGGGAAUAUUUGAUGCCAUAUUGAAGGGAAAUAUUGAUUUUGCAAGUAAUCCUUGGCCAUCUAUAUCAAGCAGUGCCAAGGACCUGGUUAGGAAGAUGCUGACACGGGACCCAAGUCGUCGGAUCACUUCUGCUCAAGUUCUUGAGCAUCCGUGGAUAAGAGAAGGAGGAGAAGCAUCAGAUAAACCAAUUGAUAGUGCAGUCCUAUCCAGGAUGAAGCAAUUCAGAGCAAUGAACAAACUCAAGAAGCUUGCCCUGAAGGUCAUUGCAGAAAAUCUCUCACAAGAAGAAAUAAAAGGGCUGAAAGCAAUGUUUGCAAACAUGGACACUGACAACAGCGGCACGAUUACCUAUGAAGAACUUAAGGCAGGAUUGGCUCGACUGGGAUCAAAGCUUACAGAGGCUGAAGUGAAGCAGCUCAUGGAAGCUGCCGAUGUUGAUGGAAAUGGCACAAUUGACUACAUCGAAUUCAUCACUGCCACGAUGCAUAGGCACAAACUAGAAAGAGACGAACAUCUUUACAGAGCCUUCAAGUAUUUUGACAAAGAUAAUAGUGGGUUUAUCACACGAGACGAGCUUGAAACAGCCAUGAAAGACUAUGGAAUGGGGGAUGAUGCCAACAUCAAGGAAAUAAUAUCAGAAGUGGACACAGAUAACGAUGGGAGAAUCAACUAUGAAGAGUUCUGUGCGAUGAUGAGAAGUGGAACCCAACAGCCUGUGAAGAUCUUGGAGAACUACAGCUAAUCUUGUUUUGGCCUGGCUGAUGCAAAACAGGAACUAUAAUUCUUGAUCAAGAAGGUCAAGAACUCGAAGCCCUGAUUAAGCGCCAUUGCCUCUUCCAAACAGCUGAGUUUCUCGACCCUAGAGAUGCGGUCACAUUGCGCAUCUGCUGUAUGUUCACUGGUUUUCACUAGGCUUACCUAACGCCGCGAGGUUCUUUGUUAUCCCUUAACUCUUCUUCUUCUUCUUCUUCUCCUUCUUCCCAUGAGUUGAGAAAGAUAACCAUACCACAUUAAAUGUCAAGAAUUUGUUUAAAUGAGAAAGAAAGUAAAGUUGCAUUGAUCUCAUAUGCAGUUUUUGGAGAA